AUGCUUGCGGGCAGCGCGGCUUCGCGAUUUUUUGAACAUGACCCAGAGCUGGCAGCCAUUUUUCAAGAACCAGUGACCAAACGCAUCGGUGUUGUGGAGUAUCAGGACAAACCACGGAAGGGAUUCUACAGACAUGAAAUACUGAAAACCUACAUGAGAAGGUACUACCCGACGCCUUCUAUGAGAUCAGAUCUUAUCGACAGUAUGAAUGUAGCAGUCAAGUUCAAUAUUCCUACAUAUUUUACACAUCAACCGGUCGACAAAAAACAGAAUAUGCAAAAAGCUCAAAACUAUCUAAAGUAUCUUGGUUCUACCAGAGGUUUUAUUUGUUAUUUCAACCGAGCCAGCAAAAGCACUACUUAUCGACAUGUGAUAGAAAGAAUGCGUUACUCCUUCAGAUGCUAUAUCAAGGAGCUCCAUGGGGUUUACCAAAGAGCGGAGCAUAUUCAUUUUCUAAACGAGAUCAUUUUCAUUAAAAACCUCCAAACCUACCCAUUCCCUAAAAGAUGGAUUGUACUCAUCGCGUUCUACCACAAUAUGCCGGAAUAUGAACGUCUUCUGGCAGCAAUCCGCGUUCUGACGGAUUACGAUGGGGAUCGUGCACCAGAAUUUGAAGCUGAAAUGUUUUGA